AUUUUCGCUGUGGGACAAGAUAAGCCCCAAAGGGUACAAACUGAUAUAAGAGUGCGCCAGUUGAUAAUCUUGAUGCAAAAUUUCCGAUUUUACUAACAGCUUGCAGACAUCGAGAAAGUCGUGCAGAAGGAUGCUGCGUCUCUUCUCCCAGGGUAGGCCAGGGUGGGUAGUUAGAACACACGGCGCCGUGUUGGUCCAUGGCGCCUAUUCUGGCAUAUCUGUGCUCUCGCGUAAUAUAAUCAUACUACAAAGCGUUCAGAACUGGACGAAUAUAUCCCAGGAAAUUGAAGCAGUCGUUGGUGCAUAAUUGCACGACAUUCUUGCAUUAUUCAUCUGAAAGCAUUAAAUGGCCCAUUGAGCGAAAAGCCGGCGUCUGUCGUCUGGACAAGCAAAAAAAAAAAAAAAAGGAGACCGCUUAAAGGGAAGCUGAAGAGUCUGUCGAAUUCAAUAAGACGCUCAUAUACGGAUGCGGGAACCUUAUAAACCAUGUAGGUAAAAGUUGGUUUUUUUUUUUUUUCAAUAAGGAGCGACGUAAUCGUCGGUUGAAAUAGCGCUGUAGCUCCGCCCCCCGUCGAAUGCCGCGCGCUGCUGCUGACGCUGACGAUGCGAGCGGAGACCGGAAACCGCGGUGUUGUGACGUCGACUCUAGUGUUUCGUUCCUUCGCAGCGUCCGCGACCGUGCCUGACCGCGCUUGUUUCUGCGUGCGUGCCAUCGUAAUCUGCUUCGAUCGACCCUGCAUUCCUUUGUUGGCGAAAAUGGACAAGCAGCCAGCCUGGAGCGGGCACAAGAGCUGACAGGAAGAACAAUGACGUUUUACCAGUGCGACCUCCUUGAGAAAGCGUCCUUGGCAAAGAUAUUUGAUAAGCACAAGAUUGACUUCGUCAUCCAUUUUGCCGCCAUGAAGGCUGUGGGCGAGUCCAUGCAGAAGCCACUCUUUUACUACAAGAACAACAUCGUUAGCACCAUUAACCUGCUUGAGGUCAUGAAGGAGCAUGGUGUCUACAGCAUGGUGUUCAGCAGUUCUUGCGUGGUAUAUGGCAACCCACAGUACCUGCCUAUCGAUGAGGCACACCCUAUUGGUAAUGUGACAAAUGUGUAUGGCAGAACAAAGUAUGCCAUUGAACAAAUGCUUGAAGACAUCUGUAAAGCUGAGAAGCAAUGGAACAUCAUCGCUUUGCGUUACUUCAACCCUCUUGGUGCUCACCCAUCAGGAAAGAUUGGCGAAGACCCAAUCAGAGCUUUCACCAACUUGAUGCCAGUCAUUGGGGAGGUGGCACUUGGAAAGCGAACAGAGCUAGUUGUCCUUGGCGGUGACUACGACACUGAAGAUGGAACAAGUGUGCGAGAUUUUAUACAUGUCAUGGACCUCGCUACUGGACAUGUUGCGGCCUUGGAGAGGUUGGAGCAGAAUCCCAGAUACAAGGUUUACAACCUUGGCACUGGCAAAGGGUACACUGUGCUACAGCUGAUUGAUGCCUUUGAAAAGGUUACAGGAAAGAAGAUUCCCUACAAGAUCCACGACCGCCGUCUUGGCGAUAUACCAGCAAUCUGGGGUGACUGUAGCCUUGCGGAAAAGGAACUGCACUGGAAAGCACAACAUGGCAUUGAGCGCAUGUGUGAGGAUUUCUGGAGGUGGCUGACAACCAAUCCUGCUGGGUAUCGCACAGACAACCAACAUCCAAGCCUAAAGAUUAACACCACUGAAAUUGGAUGUGGAGACUCUGCACUGGCACCGGAGCUUGACUGCGAUAAGUAACGGCAAAGAAGCUUAAAGAUGGGGCAGGCCAAAUGCUUUCAGUAUUUAUACCUUUGCUGUGCAUUAUUUCAUUAGGUCUUGGUAAUCACAAAUGCAAGCCUGCAGGUCAGGUCAUUUCCAUACUUUGGGUCACCUUUUUUUUAUUAUUUCCAAUAAAAAAAUCAAACCUAUAAAUAAAGCAAAA